AUGUUUGGAAAUAAGAAAGAAGUUAACAGUGAAGAUAUCGUACCAACAUUACUCUACUCGGGUACAAGAAAUGCGACAUUCCAAGUUAUGAAAGUCGUGAACAGUGCUCAUGGGACAGCUGGUGAAGAGUAUAACCCAGACAGCGCAUUAAUUCGAAGAUAUCAUGCUGGUACCGGUGAUAUGGACAAGGACGACACAAUCUUGGGUUACAAACGGGGCGACUUUCCGUGUAUAUCGUCCACGAUGGCCUUAGGGCUGAGCCAAAACUGGAAACGAGUGCGAAGGGUGAUCCAUAUGGGCCGCGGCAGCGGUGGGCCGCUACGCUACGCUACGCUUUUGGCCCAAAAAGCGUAG